AUGAUAGCGAGUGGCUGGAGUGUCGGGCACGUGAAGGAAGAGGAUGGGGAGAGUACAGAUGGCAGCCAGUCGCCUGCGUCCUCUGCUUGGCAGCAGUCACGGGCAUGGGGUCAGCAGGCCGGUCACCCUGGAGCCGAUCAGGGCUCAAGAGAGCCUCGAAGGCAUCUCAAGAUGGAGACGGGCCUUCUUCCGGCUCCCUUCGGCCUAGGCACUUUGACGGUGGACCAGCUUGGGGUCCUCAGCCGGAACUGCGUGGUGGUCUCCAAUGGUCGGGACUAUGGCUCGGGUGUGAGGGCCGGCUGGCUGUACUGUCGACUCUGUGAUAAGAAGUGUGACAAGUAUGAGAUAAUGCUUGGUCACCUUGCCUCUGCCAAACACAAGGGGGCGAUGGCGACGUUGCCUCCUACUGAUGAAGCAUCUACAGUGACCCCGAGGGCCUCCAACCCAGCGAAAGUUGAGACUGUCGGCUCAGCCUCAUAUGAGCCCUUCAAUUUCAUGCCCGAUUUUAUUUCAAUGAAGGGGAGUAACUUUGGCUGUAAACUGUGCCAGAGUGGGCCGAUGGCCGUGAGGGGCCUCAGUGACCAUUUAAUAGGGANNNNGCCGAUGACGACGACUCCGACUCUGAUUAAACACGUAUAG